AUGGACAGUCAAGGGUCCAUGAUCCGCGGGGUUACAAGCCCAACCACCAGCGCGCGACCUGGUACAGCCAAUUCUACCAAGAGGAAGAGGAGCGGUCUCGACUUUGAGAGCAGCCCGGGUACUGGGGGCGAGGCAGAUGAUGAUGGGCUUGAGCGUCACACACCACGACAACCAGGCGUCAAGAGAGCUUGCAAUGAGUGUCGACAGCAAAAGCUCAAAUGCGACGUCCAACAAGACCCCUUCCACCCUUGCGGCCGCUGUACUCGAUUGAAGUUGGCGUGCAAAAUCGACCAUCAUUUCAAAAGAGUUGGCAAGCGCAGCAAGCAUGCGGAAAUGGAGCGAACAAUCGAGACAUACAAAGCCGAGUUGCAGAGGGCGCAGUCUCAAGGAUAUGUCCUUGAACACGAUGAGUUGCAAUCGCCAAUUGCGAACAAUGGGGUGUAUUCGACAAAUACUCAGUCAUACAUGGGUUCUGAUGAGGCUGUCUCUUCACUCCUCACUCUCAAGCAGGGUGUUGGUUCAUAUGGUCUCCGACCUCAGAUUGUGCGAGAGUUGGAGGGUGUGGGCUUGACUGAAGAAGCCAUCAACCACCUCUUCAGUGAAUUUUGGAAUUUUUAUCACCCUUACUUACCCUUCCUGAACCCGGCCCAGUCCCCCGAUCAAUACUACCAGCAACAUCCUCUUCUAUUCUGGGUUAUCAUUGUUGUUGCAGCUCGACGCUACACUGCAGACCCCAGCUUGUUGACAGCAUUGUCGGCUCCUUUGAGCAGGCUACUCUGGUCCACUAUUGGCGAAGUUCCCAGCACUCACUACGUCGUCAAGGCGCUAUGUUUACUUUGUACAUGGCCUCUCCCAACGAGUACUACAUCUACAGACCCGAGUCAUAUCCUUGGUGGUGUCAUGAUGAAAACUGCCACUGGCAUCGGUCUUCAUCGCCCCAACCAUACCCAAGACUUCUCGCGGGUGUCCGUUGACUUGAAUAAAGAACAGUUGCAUGACAGGGUUGUUACCUGGGCUGUCUGUAAUAUUGUAGCUCAGAAUCUCGGUACAGGCUAUGGCCAACCUGCUUCCACUCUGUAUGAUUGGACUCUAGCAGUCAGACCUGGCGAGAACGGCCCUUUCAAAUUGUCAGCUGAGCUUGAAGCGCGUCUUCAAAUUGAGCGUUUCUGCGACAAAGUGUCAAAGGAGAUGUACAGUAAUUCUACUGAUCCUCGUGGCGUUGCAGGCGAUGAGCUGAGAGCAACGUUGACUCGGGUCUAUCGCCGUGAAUAUAGCGAGCUAUAUGCCGCCAUUAUGUCACAAGCAGAGCUGUCACCAAUUGUCAAGCUCUAUCUCACAGCUGCUGGUUUACAUCUUCGGCUGUCAGCUUUCUUCGAUUCAUCUACAACCCAAGGAUAUAUGGAUGACCUUAUGGGACUCUGGCGCGCUGCCAACGCUUUCCUAGAAGUUGUCUUUGAUCUUGAAACGAGCUCAUUUAACAUGGAGGGAAGAAGCCCUCUGCGCUAUGCUACUAACUACAUCCUCCAGAUGAUCAUUGCCGCUUGCUUUACCCUUAUGAAGCUCCUCAGCUCCUUCUUCGCUAGCGAAAUAGACUUUAACCAAGGCAGACAACUCUUCCACCGCACCAUACAAGCUAUCCGCAGCAUGUCGGUCAUUAAUAACGACUUGCCAUGGAGGCUUGCUGAGCUCAUGGUUCAGAUGUACAACGGCGCCCGCGUCGAAUCCCGCAAGAAUAGCAAUAACGGCGUCGAUUCCAGAACAAUCGUUGACGACAGUCUUCAGCUAAAGGUCCGCUGCCGUAUGAGCAUGAGUCUAAUGUUUGAUUCUAUCUGGCGUUGGCGUGAAGAGUUCCAGGCUCAAGGUCGUGGUAAUCUCGAAGGUCAGCAUAUAAGACGUCCAUUGUGCGGUUUCUCCUUGUUUGCUUUGCUUCGUCCAAGGUUUCACAAUUGCGAUUCAACUGUAUCUGAUCAGGGAGUUUUGCCUGCCUUUGCGUCAUCGAUUUCUCGUUCUUCAUUCUCUACCAACUUGAGUAUUGAUGGUGAUGGCCAGGUGCCUAAGCUCAUGACUACAAACUGUGUAUUUCAAGACCAAGAAGUUGUCUUCUACAAGGGUGCUGCCUCCCCUUCAAAGUCGCUCAACCAAGAUCAAGACCAGGACAUGGUCUCUUACAAGGGCAAGGACAAAGACCAAGUCCCUGAUCGUACACAAGACGAGUAUAACUCUCCCACACUACGCUCAAGCAUCUACGAAUGCAACUAUGUCGAGGCGUCGGGCUUUCCAACCCCCACCCCCAUGAAUGCUUUUGAUUUCAGCGGCAGCGCAGAUAAUUACACCGCUCUCUUUCAACAGUCCUUCCGUCCUUUCGAUCACAUGCAAUUACUUGAUUUCUCAGAUGAAGAACAGAGUCAAAAUCAAAAGCAAGAAUUUGAUAGAAGAAAAAGCAGACGCGCACAAGAACAAACUCUCAAAAAUCCCACAAACCCAGACUCAACAACCGACUCCUCAGCUUCCUCAACACACCAACUCGAAAGCACGCUCAUGCCUCCUUCGUCGCACCAAAUCUCGUCGCAUCUCAUGGGUGGUUCUGGGUCAAUCACACCUAACAAUAAUAAUGGUUUACCGAGUGGCAAUAGUGGACUUCCGAGUAGUGGUAUGGGGGGAGUUUAUAACGAGAGUAAUUAUGAGGUUUUCGAUCCCUUGAAUUGGAUGUUGGAUGGCUUGGUGGAUUUCCCGUACUCUUACGCUGCUGUGCAGGGUUUAGAGGGGGGGAUGAACUGA